AUGAAGGGUGUGAGCAGAUUUGGUCAGGUGAGUAAGCUUAGUCCAAGGUAUGUUGGCCCUUUUGAAAUUUUGGAAAGAAUUGGAAAAUCUGCUUAUCGACUAUUGCUUUCUGAUUCGAUGCCUGACAUGCAUAACGUGUUUCACGUAUCCACUCUGAGGAAGUGGGUAUCAGACUCUGGGAAGAAGGUAUCAGCUGAUGAGGUUGAGAUUCAGGAGAAUCUGGCGUACAAGGAAGAGCCAGAGUUGAUUUUGGCGUACGACGUCCGAAAGUUAAGAAAUAAAUCGAUUCCGAUGGUUAAAGUCCAGUGGAAGCACCAGACUGCUCGGGAAGCGACUUGGGAGAAGGAGUCUGACAUGAGACAGUCGUAUCUGUACUUGUUUUGA